AUGGCUAACAAGGAAACCUACACGAUCAACAACACCAACAACAAAAUACUAAAUGACAGCUGGAUAUCACGCUUGCUACACAGAUCGGGUCAGACGGCGUCUCCGUCAAGCCCGUCGAUCCAGUUCAUAUCAACCUUUGUGCCCAUGGAUCGAUCGCCCCUGACACUGGUGCCUCGAGCUGAGAUUCUCAACGACCCCGAGCGCAGAAGAGGCGUGGACGAGGUUGAUCUCUGGGAGCAAAAGCAAAAGCAACAUUCCGCCGUCUGGAGAUUCCCGGCAAAAGACUAUCCAGAGUCGCCAGAUGCAGGGCCGUCCACAUUCUCCAGACUUCGCCAGAUGCAAACAAAUUAUGAAGAUCAUCCAGACUCAAGCACCACAAUAAGACUCAAUUCACGUCCAAUAAUGAAGUCGCAUGGGUCAAACGGAUCGGACGGAUCAAACGGAUCGGACGAAACUGUUGUCAUUAUAGACCAACAGCAGGCUUCUGGUAGCUCAAAUUCUGAACCCGGAGUAGAAGACGACAGACCGUUUUCAGAAUUUGCAUCUACUGUCAUUCACUGCAACAGUAUCCGGACCUCGAGCCACAUGAGCGAUGUGACCAUGGCACGUGAAGUGCUCAAAGCCAGUAAACUGCACAAUAGCAGCAGUCAAUGGUUUGGCCCGUCUGGCAGCAGAAGUCUCUAA